ACCAUCCACUUUACAUCACCGGUCCCUUUCGGGACCUUCCGUGUAAAAAAGUUUCCUUCCCAUGACCGCACCCAUCUAUCCGCCAUAGAUGGUCUGUACAGCUAGCUGCGCUCGUCUUUCUAUCUCUUUUUCACGUCGACUCUUUUCACUCUCAUUCCGCGCUUGUUGUUCCCAUCUCUCUAUAUUAUGUCUAAUAACUAGACCCAUCCAUCUAGCGCCAAUCAUUGAUCGAACCUCGUUGAUUCUACGAUACCUCUCUCUCUCCCUCUGUGUGUGUGUGUGUGUGUCGCGGACUAUACUCCGUCCCACCAUCAUAUUUACCGUUCAUGCGCCCAUCAGCAUUAUCUCUGAUUCCCAGUUCUGUUGUGUCUUCCUCUCUAUCUAUCCCUGUGUGUGUGUAUGUAUAUGUCUACUACUCUCUAUAUGCCACAUAACUUGUCUGUGUUCUGAUGUGGACGAGCUGCUUUGCUUUCUGGUUUGUUGUGGAUAGAAUCAUGUUGAGCAUGGGUACGUGCCUGGAAUGGAAUAAUGCCCCGUUAAUUCUUCAACUCCAUCUCCACCACGAA